AUGGUUUCAAAACCAAAGAAGGAGAGUACUAAACGAGAAUUAGACAAACAACAAAAUAUUUUUGAAAAUAAUAAUGGAGGGAAACAGAGCGGUUCAAGUGCUGAAGAAGAAAUAAUUAUGGGGGAAGGUAAGGGAAAAUUAAAAAAAAAAUUUUUUUCGAAAAUUUGAAAAAAAAUUUCGAAGUUAAAAAAAAUUUAGAAAUUAUUCUAAUUAGUCUGAAAAGAAGAAAAAAUUUAAAAAAAAAUAAAAAAAUUGAAAAAAUUUUUU